UAGGAAGGAGGCGUUGUCUCUGAAAGCAGCCAAAGACCUGAACUGUGACGUUCAGGAAGUAGCAGAUAAAAAAGCUUAAAGUAGGAAGUGUUCAGAGUUUGGAGCCACAUCCUGAUCACAUCAAGAGACGAAGCUUCACUCCACAUCCAGAGGAAACAUGGACCAAACAGCUCUGAUGCUGCUUCUGUGUCUCUGCAGCUCAGCGCUGUCUGAUGAACUCAGACUGGUAGCAGGAAGGAGGCGCUGUGUUGGCAGACUGGAGAAGAAGAAUCUGGGAGACUGGGAACCAGUGACUGAUUGGAACUGGAACUUUACAUCAGCAGCUGGAGCUUGCAGACAGCUCCACUGUGGAUCUGUGGUGUCGUUACAAAGAGAUGAGGACUACAAUCUAGAGAUCAUCUGUUCAGACUCAGUCAGGCUGGUUCAAGGGACCAACCGGUGCUCAGGCAGACUGGAGGUGAAGACCAACCAGUCGUGGUCCUCAGUGUGUGAAAAAGACUUUGACCUGCAGGAUGCAGAGGUGGUCUGCAGGGAGAUUAGCUGUGGGCCUCCUUCAGUCCACCAGGGGUCGCUCUAUGGAGAAGCAGAGGCUCCAGUGGGGAGCAGAGAGUUCCUGUGUGAAGGCAGUGAGUCUGCUCUGCUGAACUGCAGCAGCAGGAAGAGUUCAGGUAGAAACAGCUGCUCACCUGGUCAAGCUGUUGGACUCACCUGUUCAGACAACAUCAGGUUGGUGGGAGAGGCCAGCCGAUGUGCCGGGAAACUGGAGAUGAUACAUCAUGAAGAGUGGAGACCAGUGGCUGUUUGGUCUCAUUACUGGGACAUGAACUCAGCUGCUGCAGUUUGUGCUAAACUGGACUGUGGUUCUGCUGUUUCAGCAAGAAAUUCAAAGGAAGCUUCAGAGAGACCAGUUUGGAGGAUCUGGUCUGACUGUUUAGACUCAGGAUCUACAUUAAAGAACUGUUUACCUGAUGAUGAAAACAAUGAUCAGAGCUAUGAGUUCAUCUGCUCAGACUCAGUCAGGCUGGUUCAAGGGAAGAACCGGUGCUCAGGCAGACUGGAGGUGAAGACCAACCAGUCGUGGUCCUCAGUGUGUGAAAAAGACUUUGACCUGCAGAAUGCAGAGGUGGUCUGCAGGGAGAUUAGCUGUGGGCCUCCU